CUUAUAUCUCCAGCUGUAAAACAGAUAUUUUCUGAUAAGAAUUAAGCCCACGUAUUUGUCCAGAAAGCAUGGUUUACAAUCACUGACACCUUGCUGCUCUUUGACCUGGCUGUUGAUUGGCAAAACCAGCACUAACUUUAGAUGACUAAACCUGACAGGCACACAAGACCAAAGUAGCUGCAGCCACUAAGUACACACACACAUAGCAAAGGAAAGCAGGCAAACAUGGAGAGUGUGAAAAGACUCAGCUCAGACUGGAGAUAUCCCACCACUUUGCUGUGCGUCUAUGGAUUCUUUAGCACGGUGAAGCCGCUGGAACCUUUCCUCAUACCGUUCCUGACAGGACCAGACAAGAAUCUGACCACUGAACAGGUCAACAACCAGAUUUUUCCUGUGUGGACAUACUCCUACCUGUCCGUGCUGGUGCCGGUCUUCCUGCUCACGGACUGGCUGCGUUACAAAACUGUGGUGGUCUUCCAGUGUGUGAUGCUCUUCAUCACCACGGCUCUGCUGAGGUGGACGGAGAGCGUGCCGGCCAUGCAGGCCAUGCAGUUCUGCUACGGGGUGGUGACAGCCAGCGACGUGGCCUAUUUCUCCUAUAUCUACAGUGUUGUAGAUCUAAAACGAUACCGUAAGGCCACGUCUUACAGCCGCAGCGUCCAGCUCCUGGGAUACACCGUGGGCUCGGUGCUGGGUCAGCUGCUCGUCAGCUUCGACCUCAUGUCCUACGACAACAUCCUCGUGUUCACUUUGGUGCUCACAGCCGUCGCACUCGUCGCCUCCUGCUUGCUGCCCGUGCCACAGAGAAGCAUGUUCUUCCACAGAAAACUUUCUGGACAGAGAGCGUCAGAGGAAGGCGCAAAGAGGCACAGGGGUGGAUCUGAGGGUGAAGAACGCGACUCAGAAACAUCAAAUACAUCCCUGGGAGACAAAGGAGAUACGAAGGAGGAGCAGCGGGCUGAGGAGGACGAGGAUUCGGAGGAGAUAAAAGGGGAGGCGUCCUGCAGCCAGGUCGUUCUGCAGCUAUGGAGAGAUUUCCGCCAGUGUUAUUCCUCCAGACAGCUGUUGUACUGGUCAGUGUGGUGGGCGAUGGCCACAUGUGGCUAUAACCAGACUGUCAACUACAUACAGGUGCUGUGGGAGCACGUGCAGCCCUCUCAGAACUUCAGCAUUUACAACGGAGGUGUGGAGGCAGCGUCAAACUUGUUAAGUGCAGCAACUGCCUAUGGCAUAGGCUUCACAGAGGUGAGGUGGGAGCAGUGGGGGGAGCUGGCCCUGGGUGGCUUCUCAGGGCUGGGAGCUGCUGCAUUAUUUCUCAUGACUUUCGCUGGAAACAUCUGGGUCUGCUACGCCACCUACACCAUCUUCAAGUGCCUGUACAUGCUCCUGAUAACAAUAGCCAUGUAUCAAAUCGCAGCCGACCUGUCGAUGGAAAGGUACGCUCUGGUGUUUGGGGCCAACAGCUUUGGAGCUCUGCUUCUGCAGACCAUCAUCACUUCCGUCGUGGUUGACAGCGGAGCGCUGGGCCUUCCCAUUGUUCCUCAGUUCAUCAUUUACGCCAGCUACUUCUCAGUCAUCUCUGUGGUUUUUCUGCUACGGGGAAUAUUUAGCGUCUGUAAAGCGCAGAGGAUAAAAAAGGAACAAUUGUCUUUAGAUGGAAAACAAUCUGAAAUCUGUGAGGAACACAAGUUCUGAUAUUGUAAUUUUUUUUUUUUUUUUGUAACCCCGUGGCACCAAAUCAUGGAAUAAAACGCCCUUUUUCCUUUGUUUUUUCGCUAAAGUAAAACACAUGUAAGCAAUUUUCCAUGCAGUGUGGGAGCAGCUUAACUGGAAAAACAUUUACAAAAAGUAAAUUUCAGUAAUUCAAUUUAAAAGAGGGACAUUUAGACUUACAGACCAUGGAAAUGCAAAAUUUCAGGCAGAAAAAAAAAGGCACUGAACUGUUGUUCAUUACAUUUUAGAGAAAAGUUAAACUUUCAAUUUGUUUAAAAGUCAAGAUCUUAGGAUCUGAAUGAAGAAUGAAGUUCAACCAGGUGGGUGAAGGUCAUUAAAUGGGGAGCCACGUAACCUGCCGGUGUUGAUCUAUGUUGUAUUUUGAAGUGUAUUUUAUACUUCUAUUAUAGUUAACCAAGACAUUUUAAGAGCACUUCACGGUUCUCUCUGCUGACAGUCUUCAUGGAGUUGCCGAUUUCGUUUUCAGCAGAGCUUAUUAGCACCUGCCCACGCUAACAAAAGCAAGAGUUUCCCUUUUAGAAUUGAAUUACUGAUAUGGAUGUACUUCCCCAUUAUAUUCUAGCUUAUUGAGAAGCACCUAUACAUUUCUAAAUGAAAGCCUCAGUCAUUUCAUCUUAUUUAAAAUUCAUUUUAAUAUAUAUUCUGUAUAUAUUUACACAUUAACUUAAAAUUCUUUAAUAUCCCAUGAAAGUGGUUUUUCAGUCCAUCAGUCAUUCUGCUUUUCCCCCCCGUGGGUCUGAGGUUCACUGUCAUUCAAAAAUUGUUGGGACCGGGGUCUCUGUCAGCAGGGAGGGAGGCGGCAGAACGGCCAGUUUGCCGUUCGGAUGCAGCAUUCACUUGUUUUCAGUUUUCAGUCACUGAAGUUUUUCCUUAGUAUGAACAAUUUAACCAAAAAAAAAA